GCAGGGAGAUUGUCUGACCGCCCACGAGUGCACUCUAACAUGUCGAGAAAGUGUGCUGGUGGUGUUGCUUGCUUGCAAAGGUGAGAAGAUUUCGCGUACAUUUAAUUCAACUCGUUGGUGAUACUCUUGCGGGAAGAGUCUUGGGGAAUUACGUCCUACACCGAGCAAUUUAGCAAGCAUGUCGGCGAUGUUGCCAAUUGUAGAGCAGCCAGCCAACUUAAAGGAGCGGCUCUAAUGUCGUACCGAUGUCUUAAAAUCAUGACAUUUCGAGUACUCGGACAGAAUGAUCGCGACGUAGAUUUGGCCAUGCAAAUACUCGACUUGCUUGCAGGUGCUGGACCUCGCUAUCCAUCUAUCUGUCCAACGAGCUCGUCAACAGGGCGGGAGUGGGCCCUCGAGACAUAUCGUGGGCGUUCAAUAUUCGAGAGCAGAUCGAGGAGUGGGCUCGGUAAAAGUAAGAGUGAAACGCCGGAAUCGCGCCCAGGUGCAUGCACCCGUACCCCGCUCGGGCAAACGGGCGCUGUCGCAUUGCCACCUUUGCAAAGCUCGGCUCGUUCGCGGCUCGUCUCUACUGUUUCCUGAACUCUGAAACUUGAAUUUCCCGUGUCUUAAUCGACGGAUUGUGCCGCUCAAUUCGAUCGAAGGCUCGUUGGUGUUGCGAAAUUGGGCUCGGCGAGUGAACAUGGUGUCGUGGCGUCGGGUGCAAGAGUUUCGCGAUGCUACGCGCGCGCAGCAGGAAUACCUAUACGCAUUGCAAAGGACAAAAACAGAGGCGACGGACGAUGGAUUCUGAAGGCAAUGUAUUUCUUAUGCUUCUGAACUCGGAACAAUAGUAAAUGCCUUCGAUAGGUUUUGUGGGCUGCUUAUAGUGUACCCGUAUGAAUAUUGUAUCUUUCUGCUAUUUCUGGGAUCUUGGACUCUUAACAUAUGCAGAAUGUGCAAUGGCAAGGAUUCUCACAGGGGCUACCGAAGAAAGCCACUCGGGAGAUUAGGAAUACGGCCGAUGGUAUAUUCGAACCGUGAGAGGAUUUCCAUUUGAGGAGCGUCUUCUUGGGAGGUGGAUUAAAUGUUUGAACGCCCAUUCGUAGAUAUCAUACUGGAUAUCCAAGUCAACAUGAUAUGGUGGAAGAUUUCGAAAGUCCAAAUGUUUGAACAGCCCAAAUUCUUAGAUCUCCUACUGGAUCUUCAAAUGAACACGACAUGGUGGAAGUCGCACCAAAUAAUGCAGCAGCUGUAAUAUGAGCGAGUCGUCCAACCCAGAGGGUUCCCCGUAAGUACAUCUUACUUCCCCAUAGACAACGCAAUUCUGACAGAAUCACUCGGGAAACAGUUCCCAUUACUAGCGGAUCUCGCAAUCGCACAGAUGUAGAAGGCGGAAGCAGGCUUCAUAAAAUCCGAAUGAUCGUAGUAUUCCCAUGGACAGAAGAUGUGAACAAGGUUUUGGAAAACAAGGGAGAUUGGGAUGGCGCGGUUCGCGGUCAGAGAGGUUUUCUGUCGUUCUAGGCUUUUACAGUAAAAUGUCUGUGUAGCGAAUUGGGCAUUGGGCACUUUGGUUCUGUUUUUCCAACCCAGUAAGCUUGAUGAUCUGCAAGGAAUGCACGGGAGGAAGGAAAUAAGAAGCAGGAACCCACAUACAUUCGCGUUGAAUGCUCGUCUGAAGCACUGUCCACGACCCCACUACAGUCGUCGAUUGUUCAUGUUAGUUCUCUGCAGAAGCCCGAUUGCUGUUUGAAGCAUCGUCCACGACCCUACUUCUGUUGUGGAUUGUUCAUGUUGGACUUCUGCUGAAGGCCGAACUUCAACGCAAUUUAUGGCAUUGGAAAUGGGAAAGUUGCGUGCUUUCCACGAUGAGAAUCUUGAUGGAUCCUGCAUCGUUGAUGAUGACAGUAUCGUAUUCUGAGUAAAAGCGCGGCCUUGAUGGGUGUUCUACUUUCUUGUCAUUCAAGGGGUAGCUGCGAGGUUCUAAUCUCUUAUCCCUUCCGGCUGCCAAUAUACCAGUCACUAUUUGAUUGGGUGGUGAGCUGGAGUGCAGUAACUUUUGAAGAAAUCCUGAAUGUAACUUGCAGUUUUUUAUGUUCGCUGCCUGAAAUUAUCUGUAGUUCCUAUUGAUUGUCAUGUGGUUGUCUGGAUACUCUUCGUUUGCUUUUUGCUUUGGUGUUGUUGUUUCUUUCGUUAGUAAGAGGUAACCACUUUUGGGUUGUUAAUAUAACAUGCCUGAGCGUUCGGCUUCCUAGCCUCGAUUAUAUCGUGUCUUUUCACCCAUUAUAGUACGAGAACUUGUUUGGCGAGGCCAUGGUCUCUCUCGGUUACCUUGUUUUCCAUACGAGAAAAAAGAUUCUGUUUUCGUACAAAAGAUAAGGCUUGGUAGGGCGUCUUCGCUUGCUUCCUCUGUCCUUUUACUUUGUAGGACUUUUUGCUUUGUCGGACUUUUGCUAUUUCCUUGAAAGCGAAAGACGUAAAGAAGAUAUGCGUCAACAAGCAAUGUGGGAGGAAGAUAGACCACUUAUUGAGCAGUCAGCAUCUCAGCAGUCUUAGCGUCUAUUGCACUGCAGGCUUGUGUGUCAUUCUGCACAAAACUCUCAUGUACCGUACUCCAAUCCAACCUGGCCUUGACACUGCACGGCGGGAUGUCACACGGAGCCCCUUUCGUUCGAAGGUUUUAGUCUUCUAGUGUUCUUAGAACCAGGAGAGUGGGGCCGUGUUAUGACUAUUUGAUCUACUCGUUAUUGGCUUUCCCGGAUUUGAGUUGAUCCGAGUUACAAAGGCUGUUUGUUGCACUUCCUUCUGCGUCGACAUGAUUACAUGAUGUGAUUGACGGUGACAGAUGGUCACACACUUGUGGGUCAGAAGCUCUGGUUGCACCGUAGGUCCCACAUGCGUCUGCGUUAUUCUAGGCUUCUCCACUGUAGACCGAUCACACUCAAUUACCUUCAGCAUUGACCUCACUCAAUCUUGUCCGGACUUGGUAGACGAGACUGCAGCCUUAUUACAAUGUCUUUUCCUGCUGAAACUGAGACCACUUUUGCUUUUGAAAAGAGAAUUAAUUUCCGCAGAAAUCUGAAGGAUGAAUCUGCUCUCAUUUAUUGGAUCACGGACAACGAGAACCUUCGUUCAGAACUAAUCAGAAGUUUCGUACAAUCUGCUCGUUUGUAAGCUACAGGCUUGGCUCGUGAAUGAGCCUAUCACCUGGUUGAGUGUCACGAGGAUAGCUGAUUGAGUACCCAAUUAGUUACCGUGUCAGACGGGCGAAACUUCUCCUGUAUGUUUUGUUGAGAACACGGUAUUUAGAUAUAUACAAUAAAUGCUUUUUCUAAGCCACAGUCGCUAGGAAGGUGGCUGUGGAGGGAGUCGUGGAUUUGGUUAUUGUUUGUCCACCGACUCACGAUCACUUUGCAGAAUGACCACGCCUCGUUUACAGCAUGGAUUCGAGAUGAACAACCAGUCACUAGCGUUUUGCUUCCCUCCUUUCAAGGCCGGAAAUGCAUAUCGUGCUGAGGUUUGAGUAGAGACGUCACGCCUAUGACAAUUUGUGUCUUGACACUACGACAGCAUGCAAGUGUUGAACCACCGUAGAAUAUCCAGAAGGAUAUGCCGUAGAAUAUCAUGUUGGCAUGUUAUCAUCUCCCAGGACUGUAACUAUCUCAAAAAGUAUCUGCAGGUAUACAGCAAAGUAUUGAAGAUUAAAGUAAUAUAGUUACUCUAGUAUAGUACACUAGCAUCGCGUCUGAAUAUGGAUAUCUUAGGUGCU